AUGCACUCUGGGGCGCCGCUGACGGACGAGGAUCGUGCACCGUGGUUGCGCCGGCUCCAGAAGGAGGUGCUCGCGCCGUGCCAGGGUCGCGGUACCGUGUCGGUGGUGCUCGCCUGCUCCGCACUGCGUCGCUGUUACCGUGACGUGCUGCGGGGAACGGACCACUGCAAGAAUGCUAAGGCGGCCGCCGAUACGCUGCAGCACACGGACGUUUUUUUUCCUGCUGCGCAGUGGAGACGUGAAGCUGAUCGAGGAGCGGCUGCAGGCGCGCCAGGGUCACUUCAUGUCGAUCUCCCUUCAUGGAUCGCAGAUGGUGACGGUGGAGGCUCUGCAGCCAAGGGAGCUGGGUGCUACAAUUGA